CUUUUGGCGUCAUCUAAUUUCAAUGAAGCAAUCGUGGGCCAACACACUUUUGAAUUUUGUGGAAAACAUUCUAAUUUCACGAGAAAAAGCAACAUCGGUUUCUUCUUUUCUCAGAUUUUCUCUCGAAAUGAAUUAUUAUUAUUAUUAUUAUUUCAUUUUCUGGUCAAUGAUUAAUUUUCCUCUCCACCAAUAGCGUAAGCUUUAUGACAGGGGAAAGUGGAGCUUGAAGAAUAUUAAUUGGGUAUAAUUAACUUUAUCUGGUAUAAUACAGCGACUCACAUUAACUACUAUUAAAUCUAUUAAGGACGUUUAAUCAUAAUAAAACACAAAUUAUAGAAGAAGUCAAGAAACAACAAUUUAUUAUUAUUUUUUAUGACGUAAGCCUACCGGUAAUGUAAUUUGAAGUUUGGAAGAUUGAAUUGUCAUUUUGUUUCAAUAAAAAUUUGUGGUGUCUCGUUUGGCAACCAACAGAACACCACACGAAGGAGAAAAGAGAACCUGAGGCUUUGCAAGGAAGAAGAAAGGUAUACUCAUCCAAAUCCAAAAUGAAGACUUCGCUGAGAAGAUUGCGAGGCUUCACAUUUCACCACAGGCACGGUGAUUCUAAGGACCGACGAGAUCUUCGGCCUCUCGCUCAAUUGGACGAGUUCGCUCAGGCUUAUCGAGACAUGAAUGACAUUAGGGACUGCUAUGACAGCUUUCUUUCGGCAGCUGCAGCAACAGAAAAUAGUGCUUAUGAAUUCUCAGAGUCAUUGCAGGAAAUUGGUGCCUGUCUUCUUGAGAAAACUGCAUUGAAUGAUCACGAAGAAAGUGGUAAGGUGUUGCUAAUGCUGGGAAAAGUGCAGUUUGAACUUCAGAAACUUGUUGAUAACUAUCGCUCUCAUAUCUUCCAGACAAUCACAAUCCCAUCAGAGUCUCUUCUUAAUGAACUUCGAACAGUUGAGGAGAUGAAGCGACAAUGUGAUGAAAAGAGAAAAGUAUAUGAUUACAUGGUGACAAGGCAAAGAGAAAAAGGAAGGCCAAAAAGUGGGAAAGGAGAAACUUUUUCUUUGCAACAGGUGCAAACAGCUCAUGAUGAAUAUGAUGACGAGGCAACCUUAUUUGUUUUUCGUUUGAAAUCUCUGAAGCAAGGACAAUCCCGGAGUCUUCUUACACAGGCCGCUAGACACCAUGCUGCUCAGAUGUGUUUUUUCAAGAAGGCCCUUAGGUCUCUUGAGGCAAUAGAGCCACAUGUAAAAAUGGUUGCAGAACAACAGCACAUUGAUUACCAAUUCAGUGGACUUGAAGACGAUGAUGGGGAUUAUGGUGAUGACGACUAUGACAGCUCUGAUACAUAUGGUGAUGGGGAAUUGAGUUUUGACUAUGGGCAAAAUGACCAGGAGAAUGUUUCUUCUUUGCGAAACUCAAUGGAGUUGGAUGAGGCAGACAUUACAUUUCCGGCAGUUGCUCCUGUGGAGACCGCAAAGGAAAAUCUGGAUAGAGGCUAUAGGAGAUCUAUUUCCUUUAGUAGGAAUGUUAGGCUUGGAAGCCAUUCAGUGCCUAUAUAUGCUGAAUUUAAAUCUGAUCCUAUUGACAAGAUUACGCAACUGCAACCAUCAUCUUCGCGGAAGUUCAGCACAUAUGUGCUACCAACACCAGUAGCUACAAAGGGUUCAAAUUCUCCAGGACCAAGGAGUCCAGUUCCUCACCCACUGAAGUCACGUUUGAGUAGACAUACUCAUAAUGAGUGGCAUUCAUCCCCCUUGGACCGAACAAAAUUUGAUAAAAGUUUGGGUGAUGAGAAAAUUUCCAGAUCUUUUGCACAGUCUGUUCUCAGAGAGAACAACAAUAUAACUACAUCAGCUAGACUACCUCCUCCUUUGGCAGAUGGAUUUUUUUCACGGUUUGAUCCUCCAGGUGCUUCUGAUUAUAAAAAAAUCAAAAGACAAUCCUUUUCUGGUCCAAUUACAAGGAUGCCCCCAGCUUCAAAAACUGUCUCAAAGGAACAUCCCCAUUUGUCAUCUGGACCAAUUUUACGAAGUCCAAUUGCUCAACCACCAACCUCAACUCCAAAAAUUUCACCAAGUGCUUCCCCUCCUUUUAUGUCUUCACCCAAGAUAAGUGAACUUCAUGAACUUCCAAGACCCCCUGCCAAUUCUAUUUCCAAGUCUUCAGGGCCUAUGGGUUUGGUUGGUCAUUCAGCUCCCUUGGUGCCCAAAGUUCAAAUGCCUUAUGCUACUGAUAGAUCACCUGUGUCAAAUGCAGCAUCUCCACUGCCAACACCUCCUCUGGCAAUCACUCGUAGUUUUUCCAUACCCUCAAUGGGUUUUAAAAUGACUUCCUUAGAUGUUUCCAAGCCACAGAAUUUAGGGGUGGCAUCGCCUCCUCUAUCACCAAUAUCUUUAACCAACAAGAAGUUACCGUCAACUGGUUCCGAAUCUGCUGCCCAGUUUGUUGAAAUUACAGAUCAUAUGGACACAGGGACAGAGUAAUUGUUAUGGCUUGUAGGUAUUCCCCGACUUGACAGAAGCAUUUCCGGAGGUGAGAUUGUCUCACACAAUUUCGUACAGGCAAAAAAUGUGUAUAUAUCUCUUUGUUGGUUCAUUUUGGUCUGUACUGUGUCAUCCUUUUCUUUAUUUAUCUUGAACAGUGGGCAUUGAGUUAAUUAAAAAAUUGGCCUUGUGUUCCAUUAUUCAAGAAGGAAUUUUGUAUCUUCACAUAGGAUUGAAUAGGUAAAUACCCUUUUUUUAUCCCGGCAAUGCCAUUCAAAUAAUACUAAUUCUGUUGUGUAUUGCAAGACGACCUUCAGAAAAUUCAAUUUGCACAAUGUUGACAAAUUAGAAUUAUGAAUUUUAUAAUGUUAUGGAUUUUUAAUUUUAUUU